AUGGCGCUGCAGACCCUGCGCGGGCUGCUCAGCGGCUCCAAGGGGUCGGGACUGGUCCCGCUGGGGCGUUUUUCCACUUCCUGUUACUUUUGUGUCCGGAAGAAAAAAGCGAACCCUUACGAAGAAGUGGAUCAAGAAAAAUACUCCCAUUUAGUUCGGUCCGUCUUGUCCCUCCGAGGCCAGGCUCAGACUCCAGAGUCGCUGCUGGAGGAAGAUGCUUUUCUCUACGGACCCGUGAGUAAGUGCAAGCCCGCGGGAAAAGAGGAGGAAGCGAAAGCCCCGCGGAAUUGGUUUCCUCUUUUCAAUCCAGAGAGAGAUCGGAAACCAAACUCAGCGAGUGAUCCUGCAAGUCCCUUGAAAAUACCUUUGCAAAGGAACACUAUUCCGAGCGUGACCCGGAUCCUGCAGCAGACCAUGACCUCGGAGCAGAUUUUCUAUUUGGAGAGGUGGAAACAGCGCAUGAUUCAGGAACUGGGAGAAGACGGCUUUGCAGAAUACACUUCAAACAUAUUCUUACAAGGGAAACAGUUUCAUAAAGCCUUGGAAAGCCUACUUUCACCCCAGGGGACUGAAAAAGAGAAAGAUGAAAAGCUUUUCGAAUCUGGAUAUAUUGAGAGUAUCCAGCACAUUCUGAAAGAUGUCAGUGGAGUACAAGCUCUUGAAAGUGCUGUUCAACACGAGACCUUAAAAUAUGUGGGUCUGCUGGACUGUGUGGCCAAGUAUCAGGGCAAGCUGUGUGUGAUUGACUGGAAGACAUCAGAGAAACCAAAACCUUUGCUCCGAAAUACAUUCGACAACCCCCUGCAGGUUGUAGCCUACAUUGGUGCCAUAAACCAUGAUGCCAACUAUAGCUUUCAGGUUCAGUGUGGCUUAAUUGUGGUGGCCUACAAAGAUGGGUCCCCUGCCCACCCACAUUUCAUGGAUUCAGAGCUCUGCUCCCAGUACUGGACCAAAUGGCUUCUUCGACUCGAAGAAUAUACAAAGAAUAAGAACCAGCAGACUCAGAAAGCAGAUUAGGAAAGGACACUGUUGGAAGACCACUCACCACUUUCUCAAGAGUUUGGGAAGAUAGAGCCUGUUCCCUGUGUGCAUGGAAACAGCUGAAGCAGUUGUACAGCAGGUAGAACACUUGUCUUGCAUGUGACUGACCAGGGUUUGAUCCCCAGCAUCCGAAAAAGUCCCCUGAGAACCACCAUGAGUAAUUCCUGAGAGCAGAGCCAGGAGUAACCCCUGGGCAUCACCGGGGACGGCCCAAAAAGCCGCCCCAAAAUUAAGGAGAAUGCCACAGGAUCUGAGAGCAACACUCACCCAAAUGGAAAUGUUAAUUUGUUGAAAUUUGAUGCAACCGAAAAGACUUAAAAACAAAAAAGUUUUAGGAUCAAAGAAGUGGACUUUAGCAAAUAAAAGACCAACUCUGCAACCUCUGACUUCAUUUUGCAGAAAAGUAGGCAAGCCAGACUGACAUGUCACUCAAGGUCUUUGUACUCCCUAUAGAUCUUUCCGCACCCUGGGAAGGAUGCCCAGCCUUUGAUCAAGGGCAGUGAAGCUUGUGAGGUUUGCCCAGUGCAUACCAGGGAAGGGGCAACCACCCUGUAUGUGCAGAGGGAGAAGUCUUGUAUCAGCCAGUCACUACUGCCAGUACAGUUUGUUAAGAACUGUUUGAGAUACUGAAGCUCUGUAUCUAUUUCAUUGAGGGCAGGGGAUUUCCACUUAAUCAGUAAUGCCUCUUGAGAAUACAAAUGGCCCUUCUCUCCCUUUCUACUCCCGCAUUCCCCCCAAGUUUAGGAUAUAGCUCCGUGGUAGAGCGCUUGCCUUGCACGUGCUCUACAUGGAGCCCUGAUUCCAUCUCUGGCACUAAAUAAUAAAACAAACAAAAACAAAAAGUGGAAUUCUCAGUGUAGAAUUCUAAUGGCUAUAUUCUGAUUUGAGUUCCUGGG